GAUACCUUCAAAUAUGAUUCUCCUUACUGGAGCAACAAAACUGCCUACGAAGUCGAAAACGGGAUUGAAGGUUUGACAGAAAAACAAACAAAGCUAGCUUCUUACUGGAACACGCCGUUUAAAAAAAUAUGCCUCGGAAGGAAUGUCGGGCGAGGUGCAGAAAAUGGUAUAAAAUGGAUUGUUAUUGAACACCAAGCAAGCUCGCUAUUCAACGUAAUCGCAAACGGAACGUUUACAGCAACAAACGUGACAAAGUCAAAUUGGAAAUCACUUAUCGAAGGUUCAUCUCUACAAGAAAAUUGCAAUAAACAAGGGUUUAAUAUCCAUGGUGGGCGAAAUGAUAGCAAGAUGUAUGUACGGAUUGGAUUAGUUGCUAAUGAUGAAAACGACUGCGAGACAUGCAACUCAUGCAUUGGCUUUGGUAUUUCAAUAACUGGAUGUGAUGGUAUAGUGCGAAGGAGGCCAUUUGGUAAUAUAUACGUUUGUGAUUACUCG